ACCCCUCCAGGCGGGUCCACCAUCCCCGGCACCAACUGGGGACCGGUGCCCUCCGGCUCCGGCCGCAUUCCUGCCGAGCCGCCUCCGCCACGGGCGGGAAUGCGGCCGGACAAAGGGUGCUGUGUGCCCGUGUGUCCCCGUCCCGUCCCCCCCCCCCAGCACCACCCGCUUCCCCCUCCUCGCCCAUCGCCAAACUAAAUGUCCCCUUUCAGCCUGGGGCACCCGGCACCCCCUGGCCCCCACCCCCCCGGCUGCCCGGCUCCCAUUGGCCCGAGGCCGGGGCACCGCUGGCAUCAUUCGGCGCCGCUUGCUCUUAAACCUCGGCCCCCGUCCCGCCGGCACCCUUCGGCACGGCCCUCCAUGCGGCUCGGAGCCGGACGGUGACAGGUAGCCACCAUGUCGCAGGGUGCCGGGGGCAGCGGCGGCGGCGGCCGCCUCCUCCUCCUCCUCGCCGGGCUCCUCUCGGCGCUGGGGCCGUCCCCGACGUCCUCCAUCCACGUGUACACGCAGCGGGAGGUGUACGGCACCGUCGGCUCCCACGUCACCCUCUCCUGCAGCUUCUGGUCCAGCGAGUGGAUCUCCGAGGACAUCUCCAUCACCUGGCACUUCCAAGCCGAGGGCUCCCGUGACAGCACCUCCAUAUUCCACUACGCCAAGGGCCAGCCCUACAUCGAUGACGUGGGCAGCUUCAAGGAGAGGAUGGAGUGGGUGGGCAACCCCCACCGCAAGGACGGCUCCAUCGUCAUCCACAACCUGGACUACACCGACAACGGCACCUUCACCUGCGACGUCAAGAACCCCCCGGACAUCGUGGGCAAAUCCUCCCAGGUCACGCUCUACGUCUUGGAGAAAGUGCCCACCCGCUACGGCGUCGUCCUGGGCUCCAUCAUCGGCGGGGCUCUGCUGCUGGUGGCCGUGGUGGUGGCCCUCGUCUACCUCCUCCGCUACUGCUGGCUCCGCAGGCAGGUGGCCCUGCAGCGACGGCUGAGUGCCAUGGAGAAGGGGAAGCUGCAGCGAUCGGCCAAGGACGCGUCCAAGCGCAGCCGGCAGGCGCCCGUGCUCUACGCCAUGCUGGACCACAGCCGCAGCACCAAAGCGGCGAGCGAGAAGAAAGCCAAGGGAGCCCCCGGCGAGUCCCGCAAGGAUAAGAAAUAGCGGUUAGAGGGCAGGGAAGGUACCGGGGGGGAGGGCGCCGGGGCCCCCCGACCCCCCAAAGUCGUCAUGACCAUCGAGAUGGAGCUGCGGGGGGAGGACGGCCAGGCCGCCCGCCCCCCGCCCGCCGUCCGCUCCCCCAGCAAGGGCAGCCUCAAGAGCGCCCUGAUGCACAUCAUCAAACCGAAUUCGGGGACCUGACACCCGGCCGCCGGCGGAGGAGGAGGAGGAGAAGGAGUUGGGGGGUG